GUUGUAAGCGGUAAAUAUACUGUGAACGUUGAAAUACGAUGAACGUCACUGGGCAAUUGCAAUUAAAUUACCAAGGAAAUUAGCCUGCACUGUGGAUAAUGCAUUCGUGAACAUAGAGAGUCGCGUUGCACGGACAAACUGACCCACUCUCCGCGUAUACAGGGUGUUCCUGCGUUAAAUAUCGAAUUAGGAAUUAGUUAGACUUUCGUAACUAGAUUAAUUCUCUUUAUACUUGGCCAUUAGAUUAGGUUUCAGGCAUUUUGCAUAAACUUUGAUAUUUGCUUCUUGCAACUUGUUUCUCCGUUCAAGUAUAUGUAGCAAAUGUUUGUUAAAUAUUUUUGCUCGAUGGAAAGAAAAGGAAUAUUUUUGACGAUCCUGUUCUCCUCGUUUCUUCCUCGCAUGUUUGCAUCUCUCUCGAUAUCUUCAUUUUUCGAACGCUUUACUCGUAAAAAGCGUGGAAUAUCGGAAAGGUAGUAAAAAUAUAUCGGAUACUAAAACGAGAUAUUUCAAACUAUGCAUAUUUUAAUAAUAUCAAUUCGAAUAUAAUAUCCAUUUCGUUUUAUACGCAGACUUUCGGUUCGUUCUAUUAUAAAAAAAAAAAAAAAAAAAAACAAAUUCAUCAGAUUCAAGUCUAAAUUGCAGUGUUCUUCGGAAGACAAAUUAUCACGCGUAAAAUAUAAAAAGUCCAUUUGCAAUCUAUCUUCUCAUCAAACAAUUUCCGUACAUAAUUUUACACCUGUUAAGUUCAAUUUUCACUUCCAAUUUGUACAUUUAAUUUAAUUUUCACUUUCGAAAUAAAGAUCCCAACGUUUAAUUAAAACUUAACAGCUCUAUUUUCAGCCUCACUUACUAUUUAAAAAAAAAAAGAGAAAAAAAUUCUCGUUUAAAUGGAAAUUACAAUUUCCCACUUUGCAAGAAGAAUCGCCACGUAGAGGAAGAAAUAUUCCCGAGUUUCCUGGCUGCGCGGAAAUUUUUCACGCGGCCGAACAGCAAUAAAGCGGAACGACGUGGUCCGCGCUGAACACACGGUAUAUUCGAAAGAUUUACAUUUUCCGUCCAGCGGCGGACAAUGUUUCACGGGGGGAGGUAUGAUGGGGCUAAGCGGCCGUGCAUCGAAACAAUAGCGCGAGACGGUCGCAUUUGCGCGGGAUGCACACGUAUCGCUGCUGCAGUUUCUCGUUAUUGUUAGCGCAAGGCACGAUACAUAAGUGCAUGCGACGUUCAAGUUACGCGAAAGCUCUGUCUGGCCUCGUGUUUCCAGUCAGACGGUGCACCUUCCGCGAUACAGCCACGAGAUUGCAUGUUUCGUUGUCUUUCUUGCCUGUGAUCGACGCGGUUCGCCUGUUAAACGCCAGUCAUUUACCACCACACCUUGUCGAGGCCGGUGACGUCAUACUCAGGGUGAACGAAGUCGAUGUCAACCGAUUCAGUACUAAAGAAGUGCUGAAAUGUCUGCGGCUCUCGUCGGAUCCCGUCACCCUGAAACUGCGAAGGGAUCCUGCAAUAAAAGCUCACGUGCGUCGGCUGUUGUCACCGGGACAGCCGGCAUGCGACGAGACGGAUUCGACCAAAAUCUCUCACGAGGCAAUGACCUUCCCGAAUAACCCCAGGCCGGUGUCAUCGGGUAACGGCGAAGAUAUGGAACCAAGAAAGCCAGGAACACCGGAACUUCCGGGUGGCUCGCCACAGGAACCGACUGCCGCAAAACAGUAUGCGACGAGAAGCAACGGAUCCUACAGUGACGCUUCCGGAUCCUCUGAACUAGAGGCGCUACUUCCGCCAGUGGAUAGUUUCAAGGAGGAAGAACGUGCCCAAUGGGAGCCUCUCUCCGGCGACAAGUUCUCCAGGCAGAAGAAUACGCCUAGGUUCGAAGCGUACAUGAUGACCGGCGAUCUAAUGCUGAACCUGUCGCGCACGCAGCAGAGCAGCGGCCUGCUCCCGAAGCACCAGAAGAAGGUCGACUCGCUGAGGUACAACAAUCAUCAUACCCACCAUCACCAUAAUCACCACAAUCACCACCAUCAUAACUCGGUACCGACCAGUCCUAACGAGAUGCUGGGCCAUCACCGUACUUACAAGUGUACCGGUUCGAAUUCGGCCAGCACCUCACCGGUCGGGAUCAGCAAACGUGAGAGCGGCCAGUGUCCAGGCCAGAGCGAUACUAGCAAACAAAAUGCCGCGAGUUUCGGUUAUUCGAGCGGCUUCGUUCGCACCUCGCGCUCCGAGGACCACUUGCAAUUCCAAAAGGAUCCGUCAAUGAGCGCGGUGGACAUUGACAUUGACGACGACGUCACGUCCAGCUUGAACACCCUGUUGGACACUCGACCUGACAGCGGCCAGGGUCUGUCCAGCGAUCGAAUCGUCUGGACGUACAACGCGCCAGUUAGCUCGCCGUCCGCCUCGGAGCGCACCUCCUGCUGUCAGAACGGCAGCUCCUCGCAAUCUUCGUCGAGUAGCUCCUCGACGGAGGGAACUAGUCCCCAAAGAUCCUUAUCGCCAACCUCCCCUACCUCGGUCUCGUCCUCCGUCAUGUCCUCCAAUUCUGGAUCCCGUAGGUUCCCACCGCCGGUACCCACGGGCACCAGCGCCUCAGCCCUGGGCCCCUCCGGCGACGGGACCACCUCCUCGGCCUCCGGCCUUCAUCCCACCAACGGUGAUCUCAGCCAGUCCGAGGCUAUCAGCAACAUGUCCAGUCCCGACUACAACGACGAGGAAACUAUGGACAUACUCAGUGCACGCGAUAUCAUGAUGGUCAGUGAUCCGAGUGACAGUGACUCGACGAUACUCGCCAGCGAGCCACCGCAGAGGAGGUUGAAGGCGGCAGCGGCGGCUGCUUCUGUACCACCGGCGUCGAACGCGUAUACACCGGCGCAGGAGAAUACCGAGCAUAGGAUAGUGAUACAGGUGAAGGGGCCGGACAAGGACGCCACCGCGGCGAGGAACACCAGUCCCAGGCAGAAUAGGCGACGGGGUAAUCUCAGCAAUCCGGAACUCGUGCCCACGUCCACCGCGCAGAACACCGUGCAACGGCCGACUGGCAAUACCACGCCUGAGUUCGUCGGGUAUCAGGAGCUGAAGGAGAGCGAGGACGAGAACGAAGCUCUGAACAUCGGUAACUACGAGGACAAGCACGGAGGCGCAUCACCGCCGCAGUCUGCGGACGAAGAGAGCGACAUCGAAAGUUUGCACAGCUUCCAUUACAGUCCGAAAGCGGUGGACCUACCAUCGGCAGUUCGAUUGGCCAAGAGGCUAUACUCCUUGGACGGCUUCAAAAAGUCUGACGUCUCUAGACAUCUUAGCAAAAACAACGAUUUUAGUAGAGCGGUAGCCGAAGAAUACUUGAGAUACUUCAGCUUCGAACGGGACACGCUGGACGUGGCUCUCAGAAAGUUCCUUGCCCAGUUCUCUUUGACUGGGGAGACCCAGGAAAGAGAGAGGGUUCUUGUACAUUUCUCCAAGAGAUUUCUCGAUUGUAAUCCGGGUGCAUUUAAUUCUCAGGACGCUGUUCAUACCUUAACCUGCGCCAUAAUGCUGCUCAAUACCGACUUACACGGUCAGAAUAUCGGUAGAAAGAUGUCGUGUAACGAAUUUAUCGAGAACCUCUCGGAACUGAACGACGGCGAUAACUUCCCCAGAGAGGUGCUGAAACAGCUUUACAAUGCCAUCAAAUCGUUCCCCUUGGAAUGGGCCUUUGGGAUGUAUUGGCUGUUCAGAGACGAGGAAGGGGAUGAAACUGCGAAUCAGGCGAUCCAACAGGGUGACGGUCCAGCGAUAUCUGGUACCGGAAAUCCGUUUCUCGACGUGCCAAAUGUUACGGGUGCUACGGAGUUUAAGAAAGGAUACGUUAUGCGGAAAUGUUGCUUCGAUUCCAACGGGAAGAAGACACCGUUCGGCAAACGCGGCUGGAAGAUGUAUUAUUGUACAUUGAGGGAACUUGUAUUAUAUUUGCACAAAGACGAGCAUGGCUUCCGUAACGAUAGUUUGCACAACGCGAUACGCAUUCAUCACGCGUUAGCCACCAAAGCGUCCGAUUACACGAAGAAGGAACACGUCUUCAGGUUACAGACUGCUGAUCAAGCAGAGUAUCUCUUCCAAACGAGUGAUUCCAAAGAACUGCAGUCGUGGAUAGACACGAUCAACUUCGUUUGCGCCAGUUUUUCUUGCCAGCCACUAGCAGGAGCGGUGGGUUCUCAGCGAAAAUUUCAACGGCCUCUGCUUCCGUGUAGCCACACGAAAUUAUCUCCUAGAGAACAGUUACGGGACCAUGAGGAGAGGGUGAGCAAAUUGGAGACUGAACUGGAGGAGCACAGACGACAUCCGCCUGAGAGAGGAGCUAAGGCUCUCACUGUACAGAAUUAUAAGGAAAAAGAUGCCUACUUACAUCACGAGCUGAAGAGGUAUAAAACAUACGCGUACCUGUUACGAUCCAGGUUGGCAUUCACGGAGGUAGAACCGUCGCUGGUGGAGAGCAGUAUCGGCGAGGUGGAUGAGGGAAGCGGGGCCUUGCUGAACUCCGAAGUGGCACUGAUACCGCCGCCCGUUCCCGAUCGGCCAGCCAUAAAUAGGUACAGUUACAGGGCUGCCAUUUACAACCGUAAUCUGCUAAACGGUCAGGACUACGGCGGGGACAUUGGUUGACGUGUGAUGGGUGUCUUUUCAGCAUGUGUGGUCUGAUCUGACCUGCGCACGCAGGCAGAAGCAACAGCUGAAAUUCGGCAGAGAAUAUUAACGAAAAAAUACCUAACGAUGUAUUCGACGCAUCACUUGUUAAGUACUGUACUUUGCUGCGCGCGAGCGCGCGCGUAUCGUGUACUCACCAUUCUCUUUUACUAUAUUUAAUCGUAAACUUAUCAGCGGCCAUUAAAAGAAAACAAACCGGUAGUGCUAGCAUUCGUUCGGCGUUCUGCUACAGCAGCUAUUUCGAUCUUUAUCGUUAAAUCGUUUAUUUUUCCCUCUUAUCGUAAUAUUAUUUGAUAUCCGUUUACUUUCUUGCUUUCUUGUUUCCAAAUUUUAAUGACUAUGUCGUUGUUGAACUUCAUAUUCAUUAUAUAGAAAGCUGCUGUUCUAAGCGCCCAUGCGAGAGACCGGCUAACAAACUGGUGAUUGGGUCAGGGUUCGCACCUAACGCAGUAAUAGUGUAAACGGUUCACUAAUUAUACCCGAGUAGUUUGUUAAAGCGUUGACAAAGACUUGGCAAGGCCCGAUUCAAGACUCGUGCCUUGACUGAAGAUAAGACCAGUUAUGUAUAGAACAAUAUUCCAUUGGCCGGAACGAUACUCAUAAACUGUGACCAUCGUUUAAUUCAUCCGAACGUAAAUCUACCUGUACAGAGGACAAACAGCUACAUAUACGAUUUUUAAAUGUAUCGUAAAACUCGAUCGAACAUUUCUGUAUUAAGAGUGACAUAAUAUUGUACAGAAGUGACCUAAACGAAAUUGUAAAAUCACGCCAUCAAAAAGCAGAAGAAAGAAAAAAGGAAAGAAGACAAUUGUACGGUAUUUUGUUGCUAUACCAAACUGUGUCUAUCUUCGUACGUAAAAAUGGAAGAAACCAGUAUCUUACACAAGCAUUCCCUCAUGCUUUCCGCUUUUCAGUUCGCUGCUAACAAUUUUAUAACAAGUAUUUAACUAGUUAUGUCGGGUAACAGGUGGCGUGAAGUAAUAUGUCCUCUUCUCUUGCUAUUUCGAGAAAGUUUCGCCAAGGGUAACACAUUAUGUGGGUGCAUUUGCUUUUAUUUUUUUAUGUUUACAUAUUUCUUUUUUCUUUUUAUUCCUUUUUAUUUUUGUGUGCUACUUACAGUAGAAUGUAACGACAGACUGUUCUCGAUAUAUCUCCAUGAUCAAUCGCCACUUCCAUUGUCUUUUUUGUUUACCGCCUAAGGACCUAGACCUUUUUAUCAGCCGAAGAGUCUCGCGUACAGCAUUUUUAUAGAUCAUUAAUGUCAAGGAUGGGAUAUACCGCGAAAUUUCAAGGUAUUCUGCACGUGUUGUUGACUAUUUAUUUAAAGGUUGAAUAGAUGUAUUUAUUUUCUAAUAAACGAGACUAAUCGAAAUAAGUAGUGAAAGGUACAUACGUUUUGUUGGAAACGAGAUGAGAAAAAUGAAAGGUAGUUGAGAACGGCGUGUUGUUUUGCCGUCGUUUCCAGUUUUCAUUUGUUGGUUUCAACAAAGGCGAUUUGAUACGCUGGAUGAUAUGUUAAAAAUACGGCGAUGUAUUAUGAAAUUAAAGACUGGAUAUAAAUCUAACUAGACGCGUAUUCCCGGCUCGAAGCUGUUCAGUUGCGACGAAAAUUCUGUAUCAGCCAUUUUACACGCGUAAAUGUACGAUAUAUUUUUGUAUUUGGUAUAUUUGCCGCGAAUACGUUUCGCGUCUUUGUAUUCCAAUUCAUCCGCAUCCACCGAUUUUUCCAUGUGUUUUGCGUGAUCGAUUUAUGCGUGUGCCCGAUCCUCGCGAUCGAGGAAAGCCAGUGAAUCAUCGUGCAUGUGUUUUUUCUGUGAUCGCGCGCUGUUGCUUUUUGCGGUUUUUUGGUAAAUUGGUUGAUACGAAUGGAACAACGUUAUUCCGGUAGUUUUAGUCGACAACGACGAAUAUAAUAAAACGGAGAGUAAAAACAUAAAAGUGGAAGAAAAAAAUCACGAGAGAAAUCGAGUCCUUCGUUUCUCGGCAUAAAAAUAUCGCAGAUAAGGACUACCGUAGGGCCUCACCUUAUUCUAAUCACUGUUCCGACUUUACGUUUAGGUGCAUAACAAGUAGCAAGUUAUCGAAAUUAUUCUAGCCUUUUUAAAUGAAAAUUAUCCAAUAACGUAUAUAUAUAUAUACAUGUAUGUAUAUGUAUACCGUGUACAUAUAUACGAAUAUAUGUAUAUGUAUACACACGAUUGUUCUUGCAUAAAAAGUAUUACGUAACUGACUUGGUGCUUCUUUCAGCGUUUUAAUGAUUUUUAGAAAAAUAAUAGGUUUUUAUUGAUAUAUAAAAAUAAUAUUUAUAUGUUAUAUAUCGUGCAAAAUGUAAUUCUUUGAUAAUACUUAUGGUUAAUAUGUUAUAGUACUUGAACAAUUGAUACGUUUCUUUUAAACUGAUUAUAUAUUGUUGAUAUUACUUAUAGUUACUAGCUAUACACAUAAUUUAUUUUAUGGUAGAAAAGGCACUCUUGCAAGUGUUACGUAAUUAUUUUAUGCCUGUAUUCUGAAUUUAAUCAAGCGAUACUCUUCUAUACUCUUGGAAAAAGCAGUAUUAGGACUUACUAAUUUCUUACCAUUCAGUUAGAGAGAGAAAGAAAUCAAAAUACAUGGUUUUGUGCGAUUAUGUUGAACAAAGUUUAGCUAUUUUAAACAAAGUUUAGCAGAUUUUUAGUAUAACGUUUGUAUUAAUCGAUUGCAAGCAUUCCAAUGAAAUUUCUCUCUUAGAGAACACCAAAACAAAUCUGUUCAUUGACUAGUCGAAUUAGCGUUUUUAGAUAUGGUUCCUGUAAAUCAUGUUGCUGCUCAGUACGAAUACAUUAAUUCUUAAGCAUAAAUCAGUAAAAACUCUAUUUCGUUACUUUUGUAUUUUGAUUGUAGGUAGUCGCUUUGAUAUUAUCUGUUUACUAUUUAUUAAAUACCAUUCUUUUGUAUCGUUCUCAAGAAGUCGUUCACUACAUCUAAUCAUAGUGUACACUAGACCCCUUGUACAUAAAACUGUAUUAUAUGUGGAUAAUAUAACGAUUAUUAUAAACUAUAUAAAGCUAAUGGCAAUAAAGAUAAACAGUCUCCAAAUUAAA